AUGAAGUACAAGGGUGGCGCGUCGAAUUCGGGUAUCUGUUGCUGCACAAAUAUGAACAGGUCGCGUUUUUUUCGAGGAGGCGCCAUUGUCGACGAUGAAAGACGACGACGAAGGAGCCUCCCGGCGCUGGCUCUCACUGCUCUGGCAGCACUCUCGGAUAUUUCCGAUCCACGUGCACCUCUUAUCCUUCCUUAUGGAGAAGGUCUGCACGUGACGUGUAGCUCCCUGCCAAAACGCUCCGAGCUGUACCGGAAACCUUUCUUGGACCCAGUGACCAUUGUCGCCUGCUUCCACACUUUCUGUCGAACCUGUCUCUGGGAAACGUUCCUCGACAGCGAUUAUCCUCGAUGCCCUGUUGACCUACGUCUCUUGAGCACGCGCAAUGUGUCUCCCGCCCAUCCUAUGCUGUGUUCUCUUGUUGAUGGACUAUACGUCGAAUGCCCUCACAGGCCCUACGGCUGCAGAAAACGGAUGGCGAGGAGGCACCUCUCGGCGCACCUCCAAAACGAAUGCGUCCAUACUCCCUACACUUGCGACUUCCCCGGAUGCGGCGCUACAGUCCCACUAGUAGACAUGCUGGACCACCAAAUCGCACACCAAUUCCAGUUCAGAGGUGAUCCCGUGGAUUUCUCUGGGACGGGUCGGGAAAGUUUUAUAGAGCCCCGUGAUGGCAGGGUAGACAGUGGGGGUUCUGUAAAGUCUGCUUCUGCGACAAUGACUCCCGCGAUUGCUGCGUCCAGACAGAUAUACGUGGUCAUUGACCUCGCCGAUCUUCAAGACUAA